AUGAGGAUAGUGGAAAGGCAUUAUACUAAGUUAUUUACCUCCGAAGGGGACAGAAAUCUAGAAGACUGCGUAAGAGACAUACCAAGGAGAGUCACCAGAGAGAUGAAUAAGGAACUGAUGGCAAAAGUUAAUGAUGAGGAAAUAAGGGAGGCAGUUUUUAGUAUGGGAGGGUUGAAGGCUCUGGAGCCAGAUGGUUUGAAUGGGUUAUUUUUCCAACAACACUGGGAGAUCCUGAACAAAGAAGUUUGUGGAGUAGUGAAGCAAAUUUUUGAAGAAGGUCUCAUUCCUGGGGACUUAGGGGAAACUACUGUUGUUUUGGUACCCAAAGUCAGUCAACCGGAAAGUCUCAAUCAGCUUAGACCAAUAAAUUGCUGCAAUUUUGCAUAUAAGAUUGUAACAAGGGUCUUGGUGGGGAGAUUAAGGAAAGUGCUUGAUCAAAUCAUAUCUCCAGUUCAGAGUGCCUUUGUCAAAGGAAGACUCAUACAAGACAAUAUAGUUAUUGUGCAGGAAGCGUUCCAUACGUUAAAUAGAAAAGGAAAUUCGGGAAGCAAAGACCUAGCCAUGAAAUUGGACAUGAAUAAGGCCUAUGAUAGAUUGGAAUGGAAAUUUCUGCAGAAGGUCAUGGAAGAAUUGGGUUUCAGUAAUGAAUGGGUGAGGCUGGUUAUGAGUUGCGUAAAAAGCGCCACUUAUAGAUUUAAAAUAAAUGGGAAGCUAUCUAAUAAGAUCACCCCGCAAAGAGGUCUUAGACAGGGAGAUCCCUUAUCACCCUACCUCUUUAUCUUGGCAGCUGAAAGCUUCACUAAUCUCAUGGAAAAGGCGAGGAGGGAUAAGCUAAUUUCUGGAAUAAGAUUAGCCCCAUCAGCACCAGUCAUUACUCAUCUGUUAUUCGCUGAUGGUUGCAUAAUUUUUGCAGGUGCGGAAGAGGAGGAGAUGUAUCAACUCAUUCAGAUUUUAAACAAAUACACGGAAGUGUCAGGUCAAAGAAUCAACACAGAGAAAUCCGGGCUGAUUUUUGGAAGCCAAGUAUCUAUACAGAGGAGGGUGAACAUAGAAGAGAUCACCGGAAUGGCGGCGUGGGAGGAUCUAGGAAGAUACUUAGGGUUGCCUGCGAGAUGGGGAAGAUCCAAGAAUAGGGCGCUGGAGUGGAUAAAGGAGAAAAUACUAGACAAGAUGCAAGGAUGGAAAGAUAAGCUGUUAAAUCAAGCCGGAAAGGAGAUUUUGAUAAAAGCAGUAAUACAAGCGAUCCCGGCUUUUGCUAUGAAUGUCAUCAAAUUUCCUAAAUCCUUCUGCAAAGGAAUCGAGGCAGCAAUAGCCAGGUUUUGGUGGGCAAACAACGGGAAGGAAAAAAGUAUUCAUUGGAAAAGUUGGACAAAAUUGACUAAAUGUAAAACAAAUGGAGGCUUGGGGUUUAAGGAUUUAGAAUGCCAAAAUAUUGCGCACCUAGCAAAACAGGCUUGGAGACUACUAAAAGAAGAGGAAGCAAUUUGGGCAAGAAUUCUUAAGGCAAUUUAUUAUCCCAACUGCAGCCUGUGGGAAGCGGGAGAAGGAAGGAACGCGUCAUGGAUAUGGAAAAGCUUGUUGGAGGGAAGGGAUUUCCUUAGAAGGAAAGGCAAAUGGAGCGUUGGGAGUGGAAUGGAGAUAGAUAUCUGGGGGGAUAAUUGGGUGGCAGGAAGAGAUUUGAUUACUAGAACGCCCAUCAGCCUGAUUAACAAGAAGGACAAUCUUAUAUGGCCAUAUAGAGUGGACGGACAAUAUUCAGUAAAAUCAGGCUACCGUGCUGUGAAAGAGGAGAAAGAUGCAAAGGAAGAGACAAAAUUCAACAAAGCCUCGUCAAGUCAGAACUUCAGGGAGGUUUGGGUGACUAUAUGGAGAUUACUAGUGCCACAAAAGAUUAAAAUGUUCUUAUGGAAAGCAGUGGAAAGAAUUCUGCCAGUUAAUAUAAAUUUGUAUAAGCGUAAAUGUACAGAUAAGCCUACAGCCUAUAAUGUGACCUCGUUCGAAAAAUGGAUGAUGGAAACAGUUCAGAAAAUAAAAAGCUGGACAGGAAAGGAUCAGGAGAAAAUUUUAUGUAAUCUGGGGUGUGUAUGUUGGUGUAUAUGGAAGGCAAGGAACCAAUACAUAUUCCAGCAAACAAAAAUCAAUCUAGAACAGGUAACAAUUAAUGCAGAACAUUUAGCAGCAGAAUUUCACAAUGCAACAAAGGGAAGCAGCACAAGCCAAAAUCCAAGAACAGACAUGAUUGGUGAUAGGAAGAGAAUUACCUGGAGGCCCCCACCACAAAAUAGGUUGAAGGUUAACACAGAUGCGGCUUUCCAUAGGGAUACAGGCAAGGCAGCCUCAGCAGUCGUUAUCAGGAACUGGCAGGGAAAGAUCAUCACUGGGACAACAUCAAAAUUCACCACAAAUUCAGCACUAGCAGCAGAAGCUCAGGCAUAUAGAGAAGCUCUCAUUCUCAUAAAGAAUUUACAAAUAGAAAACUGUAUAAUUGAGACAGAUUGUUUACCGCUGGUUCAAGCCAUUAAGGCUAGAAUGCCUAUGGCAGAAGCAGACGCAAUCCUAAGAGACAUUCUGCAACUGCUGGAAGAGGCGCCAGAUGUGGGAGCUACCUGGACUCCAAGGGAAGGCAAAAUAGAAGCUCGCCAACUGGCAGCUAUGGCAGUGAAGAAUGAUCUAAGAAGCCAGUGGACUUUCAAUACUCCUAAUCCUGUCAGGAACACAAUCAGAAUAGAAGCUAGGUUCGCAAUGCUACAGCAUAAUCAAAGGGCACAAAAUCCAGCCAAAGGGGUUCCAAUUCCAACCAACCAGCAAAGAAAUCAAACAGAAGAGGAGCUACCUGAGGGGGUGGACAUGGAAGAUCGGGACAUGCAAGAAGCUGAAGGGGGAGCGCAGCAUCGACCCAUGGCAUCGCAUGCGCCAACUGAAGAGAGGAGCAAUCCAAUUGGCGAAGCUUGGAGAUUAGAUCGAGGAGGGAGCGCCGAGGUGCCUUGUUUUAUGCAGAUUGCUUCGAGGCAGACGAUCACUGCGGCCAAGACAGGCCAAAUGGAUGUUCCAAGGCGGACCCACCAUCAGAGGCUUCAUUACCGGGCUAUCGAGGAAAACGGGAGAUGCGGGAGAACUCAGAAAGAUACUUUGCAGAUUGGACCGGAGGAUACCAAAAGGGAAGGAUGCUUCAGGCGUCAAAUCCAUGCAACAAGUCGGUCUGGUAAGGGAGCUUCCGGCGGCAACAUAAAGCGCUAA